AUGGCUCAAGGCGAAUCCUCAAAGACCGUUCAUGGUAUUAAAGCCAACCCGAAUGCCGGCGGAAGCAACUACGAGCUGCCUUGGGUCGAAAAAUACCGUCCCGUUUACCUCGAUGACAUUGUGGGCAACACGGAGACAAUUGAACGCCUGAAGAUCAUUGCGAAGGAUGGAAAUAUGCCACAUGUCAUCAUCUCUGGCAUGCCUGGCAUUGGCAAAACCACGUCUAUUUUGUGCCUGGCAAGACAAUUACUGGGCGAUGCGUACAAAGAGGCGGUCCUAGAGUUGAACGCCAGUGACGAGCGUGGUAUUGAUGUAGUAAGAAAUCGUAUCAAAGGUUUUGCCCAGAAGAAGGUCACACUCCCGGCUGGUAGACAAAAGAUCGUCAUUUUGGACGAGGCAGACAGUAUGACAUCCGGUGCGCAGCAAGCUCUGCGCCGUACCAUGGAAAUCUACUCCUCGACUACUCGCUUCGCAUUUGCCUGCAACCAGUCGAACAAGAUCAUCGAGCCUCUUCAAUCACGUUGCGCCAUCCUCCGCUAUGCACGCCUCACCGACGCUCAGGUAGUCCGCAGAAUCAACCAAAUAUGUACAGCAGAGAAGGUCGAGUUCUCCGACGAUGGCAUCGCAGCACUAGUUUUCAGUGCUGAAGGAGACAUGCGACAGGCCAUCAACAAUUUGCAGAGUACAUUCGCUGGUUUUGGGUUUGUCAAUGGUGACAAUGUCUUCAAAGUUGUCGAUAGCCCGCAUCCAAUCAAGGUCCAAGCCAUGAUCAAGUGCUGCCAUGAAACCAAAAUUGACGAGGCAAUGGAUAUCUUGAAGGAGCUAUGGGACCUCGGAUACUCGACCCACGAUAUUAUCAGCACCAUGUUCAGAGUUACCAAGACAAUUCCAUCUCUCUCGGAGCACGCCAAACUCGAGUUUAUCAAAGAGAUCGGCUUCACACACAUGCGGAUCCUCGAAGGCGUGCAGACAUUCCUCCAGUUGUCAGGAUGUGUUGCAAGACUAUGCAAGAUCAAUAUGAAGCCCAGUCUUUUCAUAAUCAAAAAGUGA